UCUCUGUCUCUCUAUCGUCUCUGUCUGUCUCUGUCUCUCUGUCUCAGAUCGACACCAAUGAGAACGAAGUGGACACUGUGGAGAAUGGACGUCCGUUCGUCCCUCGUCUCCCCCACCAUCAAAUCUCAGCAGCAGCAGCAGCAGCAGCAGCAGCAGCAGCAGCAGCAGAUGUACAUCGCGCAGGUUCUCCAGGACCCGCCGGUGGACGAGCCGGGGGGCGGCGGCGGCGAGGACGAGGAGAUGCUCAACGGGGGGGGCGGCAUCAACGAGGCGGAUUUUCAGUCAGGGGAGGACAGUCUGAUUGCCAACGAGGUCCACCAGUAGCUGGGGGUGGAGCCAGAGGGAGGGGGCGGAGCUAGCAGCUGAUUGGAGGAUCCCUACUGAGUGACGCCGCUAGCCCCACCCCCCCCCAGCUUGAAGACUUGACCCUGACGCCGGCGCCGGCUCGCCAACACCCGUCCUGCACCGAACUGUCGGCAGGGGGGGCUGUACAUAACCACCACGCCAAACCUUUCUUUGUUUUCGGGGAUUUAAAGGGCCGGAGCGUUCCAGACAUGUCUUUGUUUUCGGGAUUUAAAGGGCCGGAGCGUUCCAGACAUGUCUUUGUUUUCGGGAUUUAAAGGGCCGGAGCUUUCAGACAUGUAUUUAAAGGGCCGGAGCGUUCAGACAUGUCUUUAAAGGGCCGGAGCGUUCAGACAUGUUUUUAAAGGGCCGGAGCGUCCAGACAUGUCUUUAAAGGGCCGGAGCGUCCAGACAGGUUCUUUAAAAAGGGCGGGAGCGUUCAGACAUGUCUUUAAAGGCCGGAGCGUUCAGAAGGGGUCUUUUAAAGGCCGGAGCGUUUCAGACAUGUCUUUAAAGGUCCGGAGCGUUCCAGACAUGUCGUUAAAGGGCCGGAGCGUUCCAGACAGUCGUUUAAAGGCCGGAGCGGCGGUCAGGGACAUGUCUUUAAAGGGCCGGAGCGUUCAGACAUGUCUUUAAAGGGCCGGAGCGUUCCAGACAUGUCUUUAAAGGGCCGGAGCGUUCAGACAUGUCUUUAAAGGGCCGGAGCGUUCAGACAUGUCUUUAAAGGGCCGGAGCGUUCAGACAUGUCUUUAAAGGGCCGGAGCGUUCCAGACAGUUGUGCCUGGGUUGGAUUUUUGCUUUGUUUGAUUUUUGCACUCGUGACUUUGGACUCCCGAUCCCACCGCAGGUCGCCGGGACUCGACCUGUCGACGGGUCAAAUCUGAUGCUCACGUCCCCCCCCCCCCCCCCCCCCUAAAGUAACCGCCGUCCUCCGACAUCGGAGCGCUCAAUAAGUCGCUAACCGCCAGCUCUCAUAGUGGUAGAAGCCUCGCUUACGCAGACGCUGUCUCACCCCUUCUGUCUUUGUUUCCGUGAAAACCUGGGGGACAUGGACUUUGCCAAAAUGUCUAACACAUCACCUGGAAGACCAACUGGAAGUUCACCUGGAAGACCACCUGAAACAACACCUGGAAGACCACCUGGAAGUUCACCUGGAAGACCACCUGGAAGUUCACCUGGAAGACCACCUGGAAGACCUCGUGGAAGACCACCUGGAAGACCACCUGGAAGACCACCUGGAAGACUCGUGGAAGACCACCUGGAAGACCACCUGGAAGACCACCUGGAAGACCACCUGGAAGACCACCUGGAAGUUCUCCUGGAAGUUCACCUGGAAGACCACCUGGAAGACCACCUGGAAGUUCACCUGGAAGACCACCUGGAAGUUCUCCUGGAAGUUCACCUGGAAGACCACCUGGAAGACCACCUGGAAGUUCACCUGGAAGACCACCUGGAAGUUCUCCUGGAAGUUCACCUGGAAGACCACCUGGAAGACCACCUGGACGUUCUCCUGGAAGACCACCUGGAAGACCACCUGGACGUUCUCCUGGAAGACCACCUGGAAGACCACCUGGAAGUUCUCCUGGAAGUUCACCUGGAAGACCACCUGGAAGACCACCUGGACGUUCUCCUGGAAGUUCACCUGGAAGACCACCUGGAAGACCACCUGGACGUUCUCCUGGAAGACCACCUGGAAGACCACCUGGACGUUCUCCUGGAAGACCACCUGGAAGACCACCUGGACGUUUUGGAUUCUUUUGACCGGGCCUCAGUACGGAAGCAAAUAAGAGACAAACGCAUUUGAAUGACCAUUAACUCCUCAAUGUUACCACGAGUGGAGAUGAGUCCACAAACACAUCACACGCGUUAGAAUAUUAGGAAGAAACGUAGUUAACUCACAAUUAAUGUCACAUUUUUAUCUUUUCUAAAUGUCCCUCGAUGUCUUUUUUGUCCCAUUAUUAUUAUUAUUAUUAUUAUUAUUAUUAUUAUUAUUAUUAUUAUAUUUCUUCUCGUUUAAAUGGUCUUAUUAACAUUAAAAGUGAAUCAAUGUAAAUGUUUUUUUUAUUGAAAACAACAUUGGCAUAGAGCAUAUAUCAAGGUAUUUCAGACUGGGGGGGGGUAUUUCAGGUUGGGGGGGGUAUUUCAGA